AGGAGCUCCAUUGAUGGCACCAUUUCUUACACUGAGCAGGUUGAUGGUAUUUACAGAGGUGUCAGUUCUUACAACUUCCACUUUGUUGUCAAAUCCAUUCAGGCCCUAGUCUGAACAUCCCAAUCAUCAAUAACUGUCAUGAAGUUGAUUCCUGUUAUGUGAUCAUGGCCUUCAAUCUUCCAAGGUUCAUCGCCAUUACAACAACUAGUUAUCCUGAUAAAGGGCAUUUUUACUACAACGAAGGAGGAAGUACAGUAACUCUUGGGGAGCAGAGUGUGUUCAGCACGCUCGCGAAGAUUGAAGUCGAAAGAGCAACGGGAAACGCAAACUACGUUCACCUUCGAUUUUGUUAUUCCAACAGGUAUUGGUCGAAGAGUGCAACCAGCAACGUCAUCAUUGCUGAAUCGAAGCAACCCGUGGAAGACACAAAGGAUCCUUCAUGCACGCUGUUUCAAGCAGUACAGGCAGCUGAUGAGGCGGCUGGUGUGUUUUACUUGAAUCACGUUCCGACCGGUGGGCGUCUGUUGGUAGAUAACAUUGAAACAUGGGGCCUUUACACGGAGGUAAACCCCCCAGAUACGUACGGUCAUCUAAAUUACGUGGAUUGGAGUACAUUGGUCAAACUGCCUGCCCACCUCACUUUCAAAGGGGAUAACAACAGUUACCUUAGAGGAAUGGCCCAUGGUGGGCACAACUACGUGCAAUUCUCAGCCAGUGAUAUUGAUGUGUCAUGCGGCCAUCGCGUGACGUUGAUGCCGGACGGACAUGUCCGGAUAACGUCCGAUUACUGGGGGGGCCAGUUCUGGAGGCGCAGUCCUAACUGGAUAUGGGCCGAUUCCAAUGAGUCUUCCAUCGACAACAUCGACACUCACUUCUGGCCUGUCAUAUUAGACGACGACAACACCAUUGCACUCAUAAACGCGGGCAACAACUAUUACUGCUCACGUCUCACUCAAGACGGGAAGACCGACAUGUUAAACGCGGCCUGGAGCGACAUCUACGACUCAGGAAAAAUGGUGGUGCAAGAGCUUGUGUCGGAAAGAAACGUGUACAACGUGAAGUAUCGGAUGGAGGACGCGAGGAUAUACGACGAGGCGCCUUACGUUGCAGGGUCAUCCCAGCUUGAUAACCCGAGCGACGAGGAGGCUGCUAUGGCUGUUUCGAUUACAUAUCAAGACGAGAAAUCUUAUACUUUUAGCCGCAGCUUCUCUUUAACCGCAGGGGUGGAAACCAAAUUCCAGGCUGGUGUGCCCUUCAUCGUGGACGGAGAGAUCACCGUCUCCUUAGAGAUAAACACCACUCUCCAGUGGGACACCACCACAACUACUACCACAUCAGUUACAGCUUCGGGUUCGGUUCCUAUUCCUGCGAGGAGUAGUGCUGUGAUUGAGUAUGUCGGGACUAGGGGCUCUUGCGAUAUUCCUUAUUCUUACACGCAGCAAGACAGAAGCUCCAUUGAUGGCACCAUUUCUUACACUGAGCAGGUUGAUGGUAUUUACAGAGGUGUCAGUUCUUACAACUUCCACUUUGUUGUCAAAUCCAUUCAGGCCCUAGUCUGAACAUCCCAUGCCGUUUUUUCCCAAUCAUCAAUAACUGUCAUGAAGUUGAUUCCUGUUAUGUAAGCUAGCUUCAUACCUAACCUUCUUUCUGAAACUACAAAUGAUGGGGUCAUAUAUAAGAUUGUUGUUUGAUUAUCAA